AUGGCCACUAACUUCAGCAAGCGCGUCCUCAUCACUAUGUCCUCCGGUUUACUGGGUCGCGCCGUUCUGGAAGCGUUCAUCGCGCCGAACGUCAUUGUCUGUGUAGCGGAGCGCAGUCUCGAUGCCAUGGAUCAGCAGCCGGCCGAGACCUUCCAGCUCAAUGUGCAGUCCACGCAGCAUCUGAGCCAGUGUGCCAAUGCUGUGAUUUUGCGAGUGCCUGUUUUGUACGGACCCGGUGAGAAGUUGUCGGAGAGCACGGUGACUGUGUUGUUUGAGAAGCUGUUGGAAAGGCGAACCGGGAAGCCAGCUGUCAUGUCCCAUUACGAGCGUCGCUAUCCUACGCAGGGUGAAGAGAUUCGCGGUGUGUACCACUGGACCGACAAAGAUUGUUUGACGAAAUAG